GCAUUACAUCAUACAUCUAGAAUUUCGGGCGCUUGGCGUUGUCCUUACCAAGUCACGUAAUGGCGCUCUGUGCUCGCGUUUUCGGGGCCCCGGCCAAGCUGGCGAAGCAGCAGGUGAUUACCCCCCGGCGCACUUCGGCCCCUCGCGCUGUGGCGCGCCAUGCCACUGUGGACAAGAUCACUGGCAUUGUUGUUCAGCCUGCCGUUCAGUUCUCGGAGGUGCAGAGCGAGCUGGCGACCGUGGAUAAGACCAACCAGAACAUCCAGUCGCUGGCGCGCGUUGACUUCCACCCAGCCUGCGAGGCCGCCAUCAACGAGCAGGUCAACAUCGAGUACAACGUGUCUUACCUGUACCACGCGCUGUGGGCCUACUUCGACCGCGACAACGUGGCGCUGCCCGGCCUGGCCGCCUUCUUCAAGGCCGGCAGCGAGGAGGAGCGCGAGCACGCAGAGCUGCUCAUGGAGUACCAGAACCGGCGCGGCGGCCGCGUGGUGCUGGGCGCCAUCUCCAUGCCGGACCUGGACCUCAGCGCCAGCGAGAAGGGCGACGCGCUGUACGCCAUGGAGCUGGCCCUGAGCCUGGAGAAGCUCAACUUCCAGAAGCUGCGCCAGCUGCACUCGGUGGCGGACGAGCACGGCGAUGCCUCCAUGGCCGACUUCGUGGAGGGCGAGCUGCUGAACGAGCAGGUCGAGGCUGUGAAGAAGGUGUCCGAGUACGUGUCGCAGCUGCGGCGGGUGGGCCAGGGCCUGGGCGUGUACCAGUUUGACAAGCAGCUGGCCGCCGAGGUGGCCGCCGGUGCCGCCGCGUAAAGGGAGUGGUCGCGUAGCGAGCAGACAGCUCGGUUGGUUGAGAUGGGGGUGAAGAACAUGUGAGGGCACAGCUCAGCAUGUGAUUCUGCGGGGGGCCAUGCAGCUCGGCAGUUGAUCUUGUAGAUUGCGAAGGCGUAGCGUAUAUGUUGUGAUCAAUUGCAAAGUGUGUGUGGGCAUGGCCUUGAAGUAGAAUGUGCUUUCUCCUUCCCGUCGGCGGAGGACUGAUCGUGCGCGCGAGGUUGUUUCGCUCGUGUUUCUGCUUGUGCACAUGAGUAACAGGGGUGGAACGGGAGUGUUUCGUGUCGGCAUUCGACCUGAAGCACGGCCCCUGGACCAUACGCGUGACCUGCCGGACCAUGACAGGACGCCACGGGCCGAGUACGCAUGCAGUACUUCUUCUGGGUGGCGAUGGGUGGCAACGGAUGGUUGCUCUUAAGUGUGGCGAGAGGGAGGUGAUAUGCGAUGCAGUUUGGGUGCGCCCCUGCGCGGGGUGUAUCCUCGCGGCUACCAGAGCACUUCCCUGCGCUGAUCUGUGAAUUCCGGGAGGGCCCCCAGCGCCCUCACCCAUGUAAGAAGAUCAUGCGUC